CAGGCGGCAGUGCCGGCCGGGAUCUCACUGAGCCAGCAGCCGGGCGCGAGAGCCACAAGCCCCGGAGCCCGUGCCCUCGAGCUCAGUGCGGUGGCCCGCCUGCCCACCAGCCCGCGUCUCACCCUGUGCCGCGGGUGCCUCUUGGGCCUCCUCCCUGUGCCCCGCCCGUCACCCGUGCCUCCCGGGCUCUGGCAGCCAUGGUGGCGGGUAUGCUCAUGCCGCUGGACCAGCUGCGGGCCAUCUAUGAGGUGCUCUUCCGUGAAGGCGUGAUGGUGGCCAAGAAGGAUCGGCGGCCCCGCAGCCUGCACCCUCACGUCCCUGGCGUCACCAACCUGCAGGUCAUGCGCGCCAUGGCCUCCCUGCGGGCCCGGGGCCUGGUGCGAGAGACCUUCGCCUGGCGCCACUUUUACUGGUACCUCACCAAUGAGGGCAUUGUCCACCUGCGCCAGUACCUGCACCUGCCGCCGGAGAUCGUGCCCGCCUCUCUGCAGCGCGUGCGCCGCCCCGUUGCCAUGGUGAUGCCCGCGCGGCGCACCCCCCACGUGCAGUCUGUGCAGGGUCCCCUGGGCUGCCCGCCAAAGUGGGGGCCGGUGCCCGCAGAGGACCCUGCCUGUGAGGAGCGGCGGGUGUACCGUCGGAAGGAGCCUGAGGAGGGGGCACCUGAGCCCCCUGUGGUGCCCGCCACCGCCCCAGGGAACCUGGUGAGGCCUGGCCCGGAGCCUGCCCCAGCCACAGAUGAACGGGACCGUGUGCAGAAGAAAACCUUCACCAAGUGGGUCAACAAACACCUUAUCAAGGCCCAGAGACACAUCAGCGACCUGUAUGAAGAUCUCCGUGAUGGCCACAACCUCAUCUCCCUCCUGGAGGUGCUCUCUGGGGACAGCCUGCCCCGGGAGAAGGGGAGGAUGCGCUUCCACAAGCUGCAGAAUGUUCAGAUUGCCCUGGACUACCUCCGACACCGCCAGGUGAAGCUAGUGAACAUCAGGAACGAUGACAUCGCUGACGGCAACCCCAAGCUGACCCUCGGCCUGAUCUGGACAAUCAUCCUGCACUUCCAGAUCUCCGACAUCCAGGUGAGUGGACAGUCAGAGGACAUGACGGCCAAGGAGAAGCUCUUGCUGUGGUCCCAGCGCAUGGUGGAGGGCUACCAGGGCCUGCACUGCGACAACUUCACGUCCAGCUGGCGGGACGGGCGCCUCUUCAACGCCAUCAUUCACCGGCACAAACCCAUGCUCAUCGAUAUGAACAAAGUGUAUCGUCAGACCAAUCUGGAGAACCUGGACCAGGCCUUCUCUGUGGCGGAGCGGGACCUGGGGGUGACACGGCUCCUGGACCCUGAGGACGUGGACGUCCCUCAGCCCGACGAGAAGUCCAUCAUCACCUACGUGUCCUCCCUGUACGACGCCAUGCCGCGAGUGCCUGACGUGCAGGAUGGCGUGAAGGCCAACGAGCUGCAGCUGCGCUGGCAGGAGUACCGGGAGCUGGUGGUGCUGCUGUUGCAGUGGGUCCGACACCACACCGCGGCCUUCGAGGAGCGCAGGUUCCCCUCCAGCUUUGAGGAGAUUGAGAUUCUGUGGUGCCAGUUCCUGAAGUUUAAGGAGACGGAGCUUCCAGCCAAGGAGGCGGACAAGAACCGGUCCAAGGGCAUCUACCAGUCCCUGGAGGGUGCGGUGCAAGCAGGCCAGCUGAAGGUGCCCCCUGGCUACCACCCGCUGGACGUGGAGAAGGAGUGGGGCAAGCUGCACGUGGCCAUUCUGGAACGGGAGAAGCAGCUCCGCAGCGAGUUUGAGAGGCUGGAGUGUCUUCAACGCAUCGUGAGCAAACUGCAGAUGGAGGCUGGGCUGUGCGAGGAGCAGCUGAACCAUGCAGACGCCCUGCUGCAGUCGGAUGUCCGACUGCUGGCAGUGAACAAGGCACCACAGCGGGCGGCCGAGGUGGAGCGGGACCUGGACAAGGCAGACGGCAUGAUCCGGCUGCUGUUCAAUGAUGUGCAGACGCUCAAGGAUGGGCGGCACCCGCAGGGAGAGCAGAUGUACCGCAGGGUGUACCGCCUGCACGAGCGCCUGGUGGCCAUCCGGACCGAGUACAACCUCCGGUUGAAGGCGGGCGUAGCUGCCCCCGUGACCCAGGUGUCGGUGCAGACCGCGCAGAGGCGCCCCGAGCUUGAGGAUGCCACGCUGCGCUACCUGCAGGACCUGCUGGCCUGGGUGGAGGAGAACCAGCGGCGGGUGGAUGGUGCUGAGUGGGGCGGGGACCUGCCCAGUGUGGAGGCCCAGCUGGGCAGCCACCGUGGCCUGCACCAGUCCAUCGAGGAGUUCCGGGCCAAGAUUGAGCGGGCGCGAGCCGACGAGGGCCAGCUCGCCCCGGCUCCCCGGGGCGCCUACAGAGACUGCCUGGGCCGGCUGGACCUGCACUACGCCAAGCUGCUGAACUCCUCCAAGGCCCGUCUGCGGUCCCUGGAGAGCCUGCAUGGCUUUGUGGCCGCCGCCACCAAGGAGCUGAUGUGGCUCAGUGAGAAGGAGGAGGAGGAGGUGGGCUUCGACUGGGGGGAGCACAACUCCAACAUGGCCGCCAAGAAGGAGAGCUACUCGGCCCUGAUGCGUGAGCUGGAGCUGAAGGAGAAGAAAAUCAAGGAGAUUCAGAGCACCGGGGACCGGCUGCUGCGGGAGGGGCACCCUGCUCGGCCUACGGUGGAGUCCUUCCAGGCGGCCCUGCAGACCCAGUGGAGCUGGAUGCUUCAGCUGUGCUGCUGUAUCGAGGCUCACCUGAAGGAGAACACAGCCUAUUUCCAGUUCUUCUCGGAUGUGCGGGAGACCGUGGAGCAGCUCCGGAAGCUGCAAGAGACUCUCCGCAGGAAGUACACCUGUGACCGCUCCUCCACCGUCACGCGUCUGGAAGACCUGCUGCAGGAUGCCCAGGAUGAGAAGGAACAACUGAACGAGUACAGGGCACACCUCUCAGGUCUGGCUAAGCGGGCCAAGGCCAUCGUGCAGCUGAAGCCCCGAAACCAAGCCCACCCUGUGCGGGGUCGCGUGCCCCUGCUGGCUGUGUGUGACUACAAGCAGGUGGAGGUGACCGUGCACAAAGGGGACGAGUGUCAGCUGGUGGGCCCUGCACAGCCAUCCCACUGGAAGGUGCUCAGCAGCUCUGGCAGUGAGGCCGCCGUGCCCUCUGUGUGCUUCCUUGUGCCUCCGCCCAAUCAGGAGGCCCAGGAGGCCGUCACCAGGCUGGAGGCCCAGCACCAGGCCCUGGUUGCGCUGUGGCACCAGCUGCACGUGGACAUGAAGAGUCUCCUGGCGUGGCAGAGCCUCAGCCGGGACAUGCAGCUCAUCCGCUCCUGGUCCUUGGUCACGUUCCGAACGCUGAAGCCGGAGGAGCAGCGGCAAGCCCUGCGCAGCCUGGAGCUCCACUACCAGGCCUUCCUGCGGGACAGUCAGGACGCUGGCGGCUUUGGGCCUGAGGACCGGCUGCAGGCUGAGCGCGAGUACAGCUCCUGCAGUCGCCAUUACCAGCAGUUGCUGCAGAGCAUGGAGCAGGGUAGGCGGUGGGCAGGCCUGGCUGGGGGUCAGCGCCUCCUGUCCUUGCUUUCUUCUCAGAAAGCGCAAGCUGAGGUGGAGGGGCUGGGCAAGGGUGUUGCCCGGCUCUCUGCCGAGGCCGAGAAGGUCCUGGCCCUGCCCGAGCCGUCACCCGCUGCCCCCACUCUGCGCUCAGAGCUGGAGCUGACCCUGGGCAAACUGGAGCAGGUCCGCAGCCUGUCUGCCAUCUACCUGGAGAAGCUCAAGACCAUCAGCCUGGUGAUCCGAAGCACACAGGGGGCGGAGGAAGUGCUCAAGGCCCAUGAGGACCAGCUCAAGGAGGCCCAGGCCGUGCCUGCCACCCUCCCAGAGCUUGACGCCACCAAGGCUGCGCUGAAGAAGCUGCGGGUCCAAGCGGAAGCACAGCAACCAGUGUUUGACGCCCUGAGGGACGAGUUGCGGGGGGCUCAGGAGGUGGGUGAGCGGCUGCAGCGGCAGCAUGGCGAGCGGGACGUGGAGGUGGAACGCUGGCGCGAGCGGGUUGCCCCACUCCUGGAGCGCUGGCAGGCUGUGCUGGCCCAGACCGACGUGAGGCAGCGUGAGCUCGAACAGCUGGGCCGCCAGCUUCGUUACUACCGUGAGAGCGCAGACCCGCUGGACGCCUGGCUGCAGGACGCCAAGCAGCGGCAGGAGCAGAUCCAGGCCGUGCCUCUGGCCGACAGCCAGGCGGUGAGGGAGCAGCUGCGGCAGGAGAAGGCCCUGCUGGAGGAAAUCGAGCGGCACGGGGAGAAGGUGGAGGAGUGCCAGCGGCUGGCGAAACAGUACAUCAACGCCAUCAAGGAUUACGAGCUCCAGCUGGUCACAUACAAGGCACAGCUGGAGCCAGUGGCCUCCCCGGCCAAGAAGCCCAAGGUCCAGUCUGGGUCUGAGAGCAUCAUCCAGGAGUACGUGGACCUGCGCACGAGGUACAGCGAGCUGACCACACUCACAAGUCAGUACGUCAAGUUCAUCAGCGACACCCUGCGGCGCAUGGAGGAGGAGGAGAGGCUGGCUGAGCAGCAGCGGGCAGAGGAGCGCGAGCGGCUGGCCGAGGUGGAGGCCGCGCUGGAGAAGCAGCGGCAGUUGGCCGAGGCCCACGCCCAGGCGAAGGCGCAGGCAGAGCGGGAGGCACAGGAGCUGCAGCGACGCAUGCAGGAGGAGGUGGCGCGGCGGGAGGAGGCGGCGGUGGACGCACAGCAGCAGAAGCGAAGCAUUCAGGAGGAGCUGCAACACUUACGGCAGAGCUCGGAGGCCGAGAUCCAGGCGAAGGCCCGGCAGGUGGAGGCGGCCGAACGCAGCCGGCUGCGCAUCGAGGAGGAGAUUCGAGUGGUGCGCCUGCAGCUGGAGACCACCGAGCGCCAGCGGGGCGGGGCUGAGGGCGAGCUGCAGGCCCUGCGUGCGCGGGCGGAAGAGGCCGAGGCACAGAAGCGGCAGGCGCAGGACGAGGCGGAGCGCUUGCGGCGGCAGGUGCAAGAUGAGAACCAGCGCAAGCGGCAGGCGGAGGCCGAGCUGGCUCUGCGCGUGAAGGCGGAGGCCGACGCCGCCCGAGAAAAGCAGCGGGCCCUGCAGGCGCUGGAGGAGCUGCGGCUCCAGGCGGAGGAAGCGGAGCGGCGCCUGCGGCAGGCGGAGGCGGAGCGGGCGCGCCAGGUGCAGGUGGCCCUGGAGACGGCGCAGCGCAGCGCGGAGGCGGAGCUGCAGAGCAAGCGCGCCUCCUUCGCGGAGAAGACCGCGCAGCUGGAGCGCACCCUGCAGGAAGAGCACGUGGCCGUGGCGCAGUUACGCGAGGAGGCCGAGCGGGCGCAGCAGCAGGCGGAGGCUGAGCGCGCCCGGGAGGAGGCGGAGCAGGAGCUGGAGCGCUGGCGGCUGAAGGCCAAUGAGGCGCUGCGCCUGCGGCUGCAGGCAGAGGAGGUGGCCCAGCAGAAAAGCCUGGCGCAGGCUGAGGCGGAGAAGCAGAAGGAGGAGGCGGAGCGCGAGGCCCGGCGCCGGGGCAAGGCGGAAGAGCAGGCCGUGCGGCAGCGGGAGCUGGCCGAGCAGGAGCUGGAGAAGCAGCGGCAGCUGGCGGAGGGCACCGCUCAGCAGCGCCUGGUGGCGGAGCAGGAGCUGAUCCGGCUGCGGGCGGAGACGGAGCAGGGGGAGCAGCAGCGACAGCUGCUGGAGGAAGAGCUGGCGCGGUUGCAGCGCGAGGCGGCGGCUGCUACGCAGAAGCGCCAGGAGCUGGAGGCGGAGCUGGCCAAGGUGCGCGCCGAGAUGGAGGUGCUGCUGGCCAGCAAGGCGCGGGCCGAGGAGGAGUCGCGCUCCACCAGCGAGAAGUCCAAGCAGAGGCUGGAGGCCGAGGCCAGCCGAUUCCGCGAACUGGCCGAGGAGGCUGCCCGCCUGCGCGCCCUGGCCGAAGAGACCAAGCGGCAGCGGCAGCUGGCUGAGGAGGACGCUGCUCGGCAGCGGGCAGAGGCGGAGAGGGUGCUGGCCGAGAAGCUGGCCGCCAUCAGUGAGGCCACGAGGCUCAAGACCGAGGCGGAGAUCGCACUCAAGGAGAAGGAGGCGGAGAACGAGCGCCUGCGGCGGCUGGCGGAGGACGAGGCCUUCCAGCGGCGGCGGCUGGAGGAACAGGCGGCCCAGCACAAGGCGGACAUCGAGGAGCGGCUGGCGCAGCUGCGUAAGGCGUCUGAGAGCGAGCUGGAGCGGCAGAAGGGGCUGGUGGAGGACACGCUGCGGCAGCGGCGGCAAGUGGAGGAGGAGAUCCUGGCCCUGAAGGCGAGCUUCGAGAAGGCGGCUGCUGGCAAGGCGGAGCUGGAGCUGGAGCUGGGGCGCAUCCGCAGCGACGCCGAGGACACACUGCGCAGCAAGGAGCAGGCCGAGUUGGAGGCUGCGCGGCAGCGGCAGCUGGCAGCUGACGAGGAACAGCGGCGCCGGGAGGCCGAGGAGCGCGUGCAGAAGAGCCUGGCGGCUGAGGAGGAGGCCGCGCGGCAGCGCAAGUCCGCGCUGGAGGAGGUGGAGCGGCUCAAGGCCAAGGUGGAGGAGGCGCGGCGCCUGCGCGAGCGAGCGGAGCAGGAGUCGGCCCGGCAGCUGCAGCUGGCCCGGGAGGCCGCCCAGAAGCGGCUGCAGGCCGAGGAGAAGGCGCACGCCUUCGCGGUGCAGCAAAAGGAGCAGGAGCUGCAGCAGACGCUCCAGCAGGAGCAGAGCGUGCUGGAGCGGCUGCGGGGUGAGGCAGAGGCCGCGCAGCGGGCUGCCGAGGAGGCGGAGGCGGCCCGGGAGCGGGCCGAGAGGGAGGCAGCGCGGUCCCGGCGGCAGGUGGAGGAGGCGGAGCGGCUGAAGCAGCUGGCAGAAGAGCAGGCGCAGGCCCAGGCGCAGGCGCAGGCCGCCGCCGAGAAGCUGCGCAAGGAGGCGGAGCAGGAGGCUGCGCGGCGGGCGCAGGCGGAACAGGCUGCCCUGAAGCAGAAGCAGGUGGCCGAUGCCGAGAUGGAAAAGCACAAGAAGUUUGCCGAGCAGACCCUGCGGCAGAAGGCGCAGGUGGAGCAGGAGCUGACCACGCUGCGGCUGCAGCUGGAGGAGACGGACCACCAGAAAAGCAUCUUGGACGAGGAGCUGCAGCGGCUGAAGGCAGAGGUGACGGAGGCAGCCCGCCAGCGCAGCCAGGUAGAGGAGGAGCUCUUCUCCGUGCGCGUUCAGAUGGAGGAGCUGAGCAAGCUCAAGGCGCGCAUCGAGGCAGAGAACCGUGCGCUCAUCCUGAGAGACAAGGACAACACGCAGCGCUUCCUGCAGGAGGAGGCCGAGAAGAUGAAGCAGGUGGCAGAGGAGGCCGCCCGGCUGAGCGUGGCAGCCCAGGAGGCGGCCCGGCUGCGGCAGCUGGCCGAGGAGGAUCUGGCGCAGCAGCGGGCCCUGGCUGAGAAGAUGCUCAAAGAGAAGAUGCAGGCGGUGCAGGAGGCCACGCGCCUCAAGGCCGAGGCGGAGCUGCUGCAGCAGCAGAAGGAGCUGGCGCAGGAGCAGGCCCGGCAGCUGCAGGAGGACAAGGAGCAGAUGGCGCAGCAGCUGGCGCAGGAGACACAGGGUUUCCAGCGGACGCUGGAGGCGGAGCGGCAGCGGCAGCUGGAGAUGAGCGCCGAGGCUGAGCGCCUCAAGCUCCGCGUGGCCGAGAUGAGCCGGGCCCAGGCCCGUGCGGAGGAGGAUGCCCAGCGCUUCCGCAAGCAGGCGGAGGAGAUCGGUGAGAAGCUGCACCGCACCGAGCUCGCCACGCAGGAGAAGGUGACGCUGGUGCACACACUGGAGAUCCAGCGGCAGCAGAGCGACCACGACGCCGAGCGCCUGCGCGCGGCCAUCGCUGAGCUGGAGCGCGAGAAGGAGAAGCUCAAGGAGGAGGCCGCGUUGCUACAGCAGAAGUCCGAGGAGAUGCAGGUGGUGCAGCAUGAGCAGCUGCUGCAGGAGACGCGGGCCCUGCAGCAGAGUUUCCUCUCCGAGAAGGACCGCCUGCUGGAGCGGGAGCACUUCAUCGAGCAGGAGAAGGCCAAGCUGGAGCAGCUCUUCCAGGACGAGGUGGCCAAGGCGCAGAAGCUGCGUGAAGAGCAGCAGCGGCAGCAGCAGCAGAUGGCACAGGAGAAGCAGCAGCUGGUGGCCAGCAUGGAGGAGGCCCGGCAGCGCCAGCACGAGGCCGAGGAGGGCGUGAGGCGCAAGCAGGAGGAACUGCAGCGCCUGGAGCAGCAGCGGCAGCAGCAGGAGAAGCUGCUGGCCGAAGAGAACCAGCGGCUGCGCGAGCGGCUGCGGCGCCUGGAGGAGGAGCACCGGGCCGCACUGGCGCGCUCCGAGGAGAUCGCCGCCUCGCAGGCCGUGGCCGCCAAAGCCCUGCCCAACGGCCGGGACGCGCCUGACAGCCCAGCCGCGGAGGCAGAGCCCGAGCAUGCGUUUGAUGGCCUUCGGCGGAAGGUGCCGGCCCAGCGGCUGCAGGAGGCCGGCGUCCUGAGCUCAGAGGAGCUGCAGCGGCUGGCGCAGGGCCGCACGACAGUGGCCGAGCUCUCUCAGCGGGAGGAUGUGCGCCGUUACCUGCAGGGCCACAGCGGCAUCGCCGGGCUGCUGCUGAAGCCCACCAAUGAGAAGCUGAGUGUCUACGCGGCUCUCCAGAGGCAGCUGCUGAGCCCAGGCACGGCGCUCAUUCUGCUCGAGGCCCAGGCCGCCUCGGGCUUCCUCCUGGACCCUGUGCAGAACCGGCGGUUGACCGUCAAUGAGGCCGUGAAGGAAGGCGUGGUGGGCCCCGAGUUGCACCACAAGCUGCUGUCGGCGGAGCGCGCCGUUACCGGCUACAAGGACCCCUACACCGGGGAGCAGAUCUCCCUGUUCCAGGCCAUGAAGAAGGACCUCAUCGUCCGCGACCACGGCAUCCGCCUGCUGGAGGCCCAGAUUGCCACGGGCGGCAUCAUCGACCCGGUGCACAGCCACCGCGUGCCCGUGGACGUGGCCUACCAGCGCGGCUACUUCGACGAGGAGAUGAACCGCGUCCUGGCGGACCCGAGCGACGACACCAAGGGCUUCUUCGACCCCAACACGCACGAGAACCUCACCUACGUGCAGCUGCUGGAGCGCUGCGUGGAGGACCCCGAGACCGGGCUGCGCCUGCUGCCGCUCACGGAUCAGGCUGCCAGGGGCGGUGAGCUGGUCUACACAGACUCCGAGGCCCGGGACGUGUUUGAGAAAGCCACUGUGUCCGCACCGUUCGGCAAGUUCCAGGGCAGGACGGUGAGCAUCUGGGAGCUCAUCAACUCCGAGUACUUCACGGCGGAGCAGCGGCGGGACCUGCUGCGGCAGUUCCGCACGGGCACGGUCACCGUGGAGAAGGUCAUCAAGAUCGUCAUCACCGUGGUGGAAGAGCACGAGCAAAAGGGCCAGCUCUGCUUUGAGGGCCUGCGCGCCCUGGUGCCUGCUGCCGAGCUGCUGGAGAGCAGGGUCAUCGACCGCAACCUCUACCGCCAGCUGCAGCGGGGUGAGCUCUCAGUACGAGAGGUGGCGGAGAUGGCUGCUGUGCGGCGGGCCCUGCGGGGCGCCAACGUCAUUGCAGGGGUGUGGCUGGAGGAGGCGGGGCAGAAGCUGAGCAUCUAUGAGGCCCUGAAGAAAGAUCUCCUGCCUGUAGAGGCGGCAGUGGCUCUCCUGGAGGCCCAGGCUGGCACCGGCCACGUCAUUGAUCCCGCCACGAGUGCCCGGCUCACCGUGGAUGAGGCGGUGCGUGCCGGCCUGGUGGGGCCCGAGCUGCACGAGAAGCUGCUGUCGGCCGAGAAGGCUGUGACAGGCUACAAGGACCCCUACUCGGGGCAGACUGUAUCCCUGUUCCAGGCCCUGAAGAAAGGCCUCAUCCCCAGAGAACAGGGCCUGCGUUUGCUCGAUGCCCAGUUGUCCACAGGUGGCAUCGUGGACCCAAGCAAGAGCCACCGUGUGCCCGUGGAUGUUGCCUGUGCCCGGGGCUACCUGGACGAGGAGACCAGCCGAGCCCUGUCAGCACCCAGAGACGAAGCCAAGACCUACCACGACCCCAGUUCACAGGAGCCUGUCACCUACGGUCAGCUCCAGCAGCAGAGCCGGCCCGACCCGCUGACGGGGCUGAGCCUGCUGCCGCUCUCGGAGAAGGCUGCCCAGGCCCGGCGGGAGGGGCUCUACUCCGAGCUCCAGGCCCGUGAGACCUUUCAGAAGACCAGCGUGGAGGUGCCCGUGGGCAGCUUCAAGGGCAGGACGGUGACAGUGUGGGAGCUCCUCAGCUCCGAGUACUUCACGGCGGAGCAGAGGCAAGAGCUGGUGCGGCAGUUCCGCACGGGCACGGUCACCGUGGAGAAGGUCAUCAAGAUCCUCAUCACCAUCGUGGAAGAGGUGGAGACCGUGCGGCAGGAGAGGCUGUCCUUCAGUGGCCUCCGUGCCCCGGUGCCGGCCAGCGAGCUCCUGGCCUCCGGGGUCCUGAGCAGGACCCAAUUCGAGCAGCUCAAGGAUGGCAAGACCUCGGUGAAGGACCUGUCGGCGUUGAGCUCCGUGAGCACCCUGCUUCAGGGAAGCGGGUGUCUGGCUGGCAUCUACCUGGAGGACUCCAAGGAGAAGGUGACCAUCUACGAGGCCAUGAGGCGAGGCCUGCUCAGGCCCAGCACGGCCACUCUUCUGCUUGAGGCCCAGGCGGCCACCGGCUUUCUGGUGGACCCUGUGCGGAACCAGCGCUUGUAUGUCCACGAGGCCGUGAAGGCGGGUGUCGUGGGCCCCGAGCUGCACGAGAAGCUGCUGUCGGCCGAGAAGGCCGUCACCGGCUACAAGGACCCCUACUCGGGUAGCACCAUCUCCCUCUUCCAGGCCAUGAAGAAGGGCCUGGUCCUUAGGGACCACGGCAUCCGCCUGCUGGAGGCCCAGAUCGCCACGGGCGGCAUCAUCGACCCGGUGCACAGCCACCGCGUGCCCGUGGACGUGGCCUACCAGCGCGGCUACUUCGACGAGGAGAUGAACCGCGUCCUGGCGGACCCGAGCGACGACACCAAGGGCUUCUUCGACCCCAACACGCACGAGAACCUCACCUACCUGCAGCUGCUGGAGCGCUGCUUGGAGGACCCCGAGACCGGGCUGCGCCUGCUGCCGCUGAAGGGGGCCGAGAAGACGGAGCUGGUGGAGACCACGCAUGUGUACAGCGAGGAGGAGACCCGCAGGGCGUUCGAGGAGACGCAGAUCGACAUCCCGGGCAGCGGCGGCCACGGCGGCUCCACAAUGUCCCUGUGGGAAGUGAUGCAGUCGGACCUGAUCCCGGAGGAGCAGCGCACCCGGCUGCUGGCUGACUUCCAGGCCGGCCGGGUGACCAAGGAGCGUAUGAUCGUCAUCAUCAUCGAGAUCAUCGAGAAGACCGAGAUCGUGCGCCGGCAGAACCUGGCGUCCUACGACUACGUCCGCCGCCGCCUCACCGCCGAGGACCUCUACGAGGCCCGGGUCAUCUCCCGCGAGACCUACGGCCUCCUCCGGGAGGGCACCAAGAGCCUCCGAGAGGUGCUGGAGGACGAGUCGGCCUUGCGCUACCUGUACGGCACGGGCUGCGUGGCUGGCGUCUACCUGCCGGGCUCUAGGCAGACGCUCACUGUCUACCAGGCCCUCAAGAAGGGGCUUCUGAGUGCCGAGGUGGCCCGCGUCCUGCUGGAGGCACAGGCGGCCACGGGCUUCCUCCUGGAGCCCGUGAAGGGCGAGCGGCUGACCGUGGACGAAGCCGUGCGGAAGGGCCUGGUGGGCCCCGAGCUGCACGACCGGCUGCUGUCGGCAGAGCGGGCUGUGACCGGCUACCGCGACCCCUACACGGAGCAGACGAUCUCGCUCUUCCAGGCCAUGAAGAAGGACCUGAUCCCCGCGGAGGAGGCCCUGCGGCUGCUGGACGCCCAGCUGGCCACGGGCGGCAUCGUGGACCCACGCCUGGGCUUCCACCUCCCCUUGGAGGUGGCCUACCAGCGUGGCUACCUCAACAAGGACACGUACGAGCAGCUGUCGGAGCCCAGCGAGGUGCGCAGCUACCUGGACCCGUCCACGGACGAGCGGCUCAGCUACACGCAGCUGCUCCGCAGGUGCCGGCGCCACGAGGCCAGCGGCCAGCUGCUCCUGCCCCUCUCGGACGCCCGCAAGCUGACCUUCCGCGGCCUGCGCAAGCAGAUCACGGUGGAGGAGCUGGUGCGUUCGCAGGUCAUGGACGAGGCCACCGCGCUGCAGCUGCAGGAGGGCCUGACCUCCGUGGAAGAGGUCACCAAGCACCUGCAGAAGUUCCUCGAGGGCACCAGCUGCAUCGCCGGCGUCUUUGUGGACGCCACCAAGGAGCGGCUGUCGGUGUACCAGGCCAUGAAGAAGGGCAUCAUCCGCCCCGGCACGGCCUUCGAGCUCCUGGAGGCGCAGGCGGCCACUGGCUACGUCAUCGACCCCAUCAAGGGGCUCAAGCUGACCGUGGAGGAGGCCGUGCGCAUGGGCAUAGUGGGCCCCGAGUUCAAGGACAAGCUGCUGUCGGCUGAGCGUGCGGUCAUCGGCUACAAGGACCCCUACUCUGGGAAGCUCAUCUCCCUGUUCCAGGCCAUGAAGAAGGGCCUCAUCCUGAAGGAUCACGGCAUCCGCCUGCUGGAGGCCCAGAUCGCCACGGGCGGCAUCAUCGACCCCGAGGAGAGCCACCGGCUGCCCGUGGAGGUGGCCUACAAGCGCGGCCUCUUCGACGAGGAGAUGAACGAGAUCCUGACAGACCCGAGCGACGACACCAAGGGCUUCUUCGACCCCAACACGGAGGAGAACCUCACGUACCUGCAGCUGAUGGAGCGCUGCGUCACUGACCCCCAGACGGGCCUGUGCCUGCUGCCGCUGAAGGAGAAGAAGAGGGAGCGGAAGACGUCCUCCAAGUCCUCGGUGCGCAAGCGCCGCGUGGUGAUCGUGGACCCCGAGACCGGCAAGGAGAUGUCUGUGUACGAGGCCUACCGCAAGGGCCUCAUUGACCACCAGACGUACCUGGAGCUGUCCGAGCAAGAGUGCGAGUGGGAGGAGAUCACCAUCUCCUCCUCGGACGGCGUGGUCAAGUCCAUGAUCAUCGACCGCCGCUCGGGCCGCCAGUACGACAUCGACGAGGCCAUCGCCAGGAACCUGAUCGACCGCUCGGCGCUGGACCAGUACCGCGCCGGCACGCUCUCCAUCACGGAGUUCGCAGACAUGCUCUCGGGCAACGCCGGCGGCUUCCGCUCCCGCUCUUCCUCUGUGGGGUCCUCCUCGUCCUACCCCAUCAGCCCUGCCGCCUCCAGGACCCAGGUGGCCUCCUGGUCAGAUCCCACGGAGGAGACCGGCCCUGUGGCCGGCAUCCUGGACACGGAGACGCUGGAGAAGGUGUCCAUCACGGAGGCCAUGCACCGCAACCUGGUGGACAACAUCACGGGGCAGCGGCUGCUGGAGGCCCAGGCCUGCACAGGGGGCAUCAUCGACCCCAGCACCGGCGAGCGCUUCCCCGUCACGGACGCUGUCAACAAGGGCCUGGUGGACAAGAUCAUGGUGGACCGCAUCAACCUGGCUCAGAAAGCCUUCUGCGGCUUCGAGGACCCACGCACCAAGACCAAGAUGUCGGCCGCCCAGGCCCUGAAGAAGGGCUGGCUCUAUUACGAGGCGGGCCAGCGGUUCCUGGAGGUGCAGUACCUGACAGGCGGCCUGAUCGAGCCCGACGCUCCCGGCCGCGUGCCCCUGGAGGAGGCCCUGCAGCGUGGCAUGGUGGACGCCCGGACCGCCCAGAAGCUGCGAGACGUCGGCGCGUACUCCAAGUACCUCACCUGCCCCAAGACCAAGCUCAAGAUCUCGUACAAGGACGCUCUGGACCGCAGCAUGGUGGAGGAGGGCACGGGGCUGCGGCUGCUGGAGGCCGCCGCGCAGUCCAGCAAGGGCUACUACAGUCCUUACAGCGUCAGCGGCUCCGGCUCCGCGGCCGGCUCGCGCUCUGGCUCGCGCACGGGCUCCCGGGCCGGCUCCCGCCGAGGCAGCUUUGACGCCACCGGCUCCGGCUUCUCCGUGACCUUCUCUUCGUCCUCCUACUCUUCCUCAGGCUACGGCCGCCGCUACGCCUCAGGGCCUGCGUCCUCCCUGGGGGGCCCCGAGUCCGCAGUGGCCUGAUUCGCUGCCCGCACCCCGCCCUCCCGCUCUGCAUGCGGCCAGGUUCCCCGCCCAGGCGUUGGGGUCUUUCGUGUUUAAAGGUGUCUUCCUCCCAAGCGGUGCCUAAAGUUUAACCAAAAAAAAAAACCAGACUAAUAUAUUAAUAAAUCUGUUUGCUGUCCAGACAGCCUGUGUCUUGGGGGAUGGGGCCAGUCCAGCCCCACGGACCACCUCGUCCCCCAGGUCUCCCUGCUCCUGUCUACCUGCCACUCACACAGCCAGGUGCCUUGGAGGGUCCCGAGCCAGGCCCCCAGCCCAGCCCUCCUGUGUCUCCAGGGAGGGUUUUGUCUGGGCCCAGUUCCCCCAGCCCUGCCUGCUGGGCUCCCUGACACCCAGCCACCAGUCCUAGCUGCUCGGGGCACUGGGGGUCAGCCCCGUCACAAGCAGAGCUCUCAGGACCAGCUUUCUUUCCUGUUUUCAGGACUGACUUCCGUGCUCAGCGGGCCUUGCUGGGGAGGGCUGGGGGGUGGGUGUCCUUGGGUUGGCCAUCUCUUCCAGCCUGCCCUGAGAAGCCCCUUCCCCACGGGCAGAUGAGGGUCCAGUCUACAGAGCCAGCCAGCCCCUGCCAAGCUGCAGACUCUGCCCCCAGCCCCUGACGCUCUCCCAGGACCCCAGGCCUCUGGCUUCCGCCUUCCAGCCUCAGCUCCCCUAGUAAGUGCCUUCAGUGUCCUCCCUCCCACCCCAGGCCCCAAGGACCCAGCUCUGGGGUGGGAGGGAGACCCUUUGGUGAGACUCCCCACGGCCCAGCUCUCGGGCACGCCGGCCCCGGGCCAGGCUGGGUACAGCUGGGGCUUCUGCAGGGCCCUGCUCUCCUGGGGCCCCACCCUGGGUGCUUCCUGCCUGUCUCUUCGAGGGAGACUGCCCCCUUUGUUUGGCCUCGGGGACAGGCCGCCCAGUCCAGGGCCAGCCCCUCCUGUCCCACCGUGGUGGCCCCCGCCCCCCGCCUCUACCCUCUGACUAAGCUUUGCAUGUUCCACUAACCCCGGCGGCGGCGGGUGGGACCCAGGCUUCCAGCUGCCUCCAGGAAGGCAGAACACUAACCCGACCAUGGGUGGGCCUGCCGUGCUCACCCCAAUAAAAGCAAUUCCAACCUUC